AUGCAAGUUGACAGCGGGGCUGUCUCAACCUUCGAAGGUGUCGAAGGAGUCGACCUGCAGCACCUUGACGCCCGCAGGAGCAGAGGCUCGCGCACCUCCAGGAAGAGGCCAGCACGGCCUGUAAAGAAGCGACCCGCGAAGAAGAAGACCACAAAGAAAAAGACUACUACUAAGAAGAAGAAGACACCUAAGAAGACAACUAAGAAGAAGACAACCAAGAAGCCUACGAAGAAGACGCCGACUAAGAAGAAGGGGACUAAGAAGCCCACCAAGAAGCCCACCAAGAAGCCCACUAAGAAGCCUACUAAGAAGCCUACUAAGAAGCCUACCAAAUCGAAGAAGGGUAAGCAUUCGAUCAAGAAACCAAUCGCCUCGAAGACCAAAUCCCACGCUAGCACAUCCUCUGCCGCAGCAUGCAAAUAUAGCCCGAAGCCCAAGGCAGGUACUGCCGGGGCCAAGGGUGGCAAGGUCAACAAGAAGCUGCAGGCCCGCCUCGAACCCGACCCCUGCCGCACCAAAGACGAUAACGACAAGGUCAUGAUCGAAAACUACAAGAUUGCCUCGAAAGCCGCAGCGAAGAAGGGAGAAAAGCUCAAGGUCAACCAGAUGUAUCUCUUCCUGCUGAAGCAAGGGCCGACUGUUGGAGCCAAGCACCAUGCUGUCGUAGCAGGCAAGGUCAUCAAGGUAGGCAACCAUCUCGGCAUGGAAGCCACUUUCCAACAGCUUGGGAAGCCUACAGAUCAAAACGGCAAUGCAGUGAGACACCCUAAUGCCAAAGUCUUCUGUGGAUCUGCAGUUGGUGGCGUGUGCAACACCGGGCCGUACCGUAGAGUUGAGUGCGGGACGAUCAAGGGCAAGUACAAGUUUAUCAGCGGGGCCAGUGUAGAAUACGCGGAUCCAGAGCACUUCAUUCAAAAGGGCGAAGAGGUUUUCAUGGCCGAGAAGCCGUACAACGUUCUAACAUGGAACUGCCAAGUCUACGCGAAGAAGCUGAUCAACGUCACCAAGCUCAAGUCUGGCCAAAUUGUCGAGCUUACCAACGCACAAGCUCAGCCGAGUCGACCGCUGGACGAGAACUGGUCCGACUCUGACUCUGACUGGGGUGAUGACGGCCUUUUCAAUGGGGGCAUGGGUGGCUUUCGCGUGAUCAAUGCGGAGCCGGAGCCGUUCAACCAAGUCACUAACAACGGGGACAGAUUUGAGAUAGACUAA